CUUCUCUAUCAAAAUUGGAGGGAAAGGAAAGCCGGUAAGGUGGGGAGCCCUCGGCGGCAGCGUGGGCCAGUCUGCGCGCUGGGAGAAGGUCGGCUGCCUUUUGUGUGACUGAUGUGCCGCGGCCGCUACCGGAGCCGAGUUCGUUCCUGCCGCUGCCCGGGUGUCGAGCGAGCGGAGCCGCCGCCGCCCCUGCCCCCCGAGCGCGCCCUACCUCCUCUCGUCCUGCCGCCGCCUCACAAUGGGGCAGGACGCCCCGCCGCGGGGGGCAGUGCGGGAGCGGCGGCGGCCCCCUCCCCCAGCGCCGGCUCCUCGCCCGCCGCCGCCACCAGGCUCACAACGUGCUCGGCGCGCAGCCGGCCGGCCGGACAGCCCAACGCCGCCAGGGCGCUCGCCGCGGGCGGACCCCGGAGCUGCUCCGCUUUGUUCCCGGCUCGCCUCCACUUCCCGGCCGGCGCCGGCCGGCUCCCGAGCGACCCUCACCUGCGAGCACGUCGACUGCCACUUGUCCACCUUCUCCACUACAAAGGCAACGAGGGGAGACCCCGUCCUCCCAGGAGACCGCCUUUCUCCGGCCCCGCCGCGCCCCUGGCUGCUGCGUCUCCCGCUGCCACGGCCCGACUCCGCGCGGGGAAUUGCGUCCCACCGCCACUUCCCCGCCUCUCGGAGCUCCUGGGAAGUUUCUGAUCUACUUUCGGCUCUGAAGGAGGAAGAGCUGUUGGGAGGAGCUUUUCACUCCUCGCUUCUACCUUUUUAUUGGCUACUCGAUGACUUUUACAGCCUGUCACUGAUACAGGAAGAGACAGCGGAGAGCCUGGGAGAACUACAUUAUUAAUUAAUGGAGCAACCCCUCGUGAAGAUUCAGAAGCAUCCUCCAUGUUUGAGAUUAUCAGCCAAAAGAUCUAGGGAAAGCGCUGGGGGUUCAUAAACACAUGGCUAACAAAGUAAAGCCUUCAAGUCUGGCACAGACGCUUGACUACACGAUGGGAAAAGAGAUUCCAAUUACGAUUUAACUUGUAUUUUAAAAAUGAGAAAAGAAUAAGAAAAUUUGUUGCUAUUUUUCUUCCAAAUUAGAAUCCAUAUCUCUAAAAAUACUUUGCAUGUUUGUAAACAUCCAUCUUGAACAGAAGAUACCUUGACAUCAGUUCUAUUUAAUACUUAUGGCAAUUAAGAGAUUUAGAGAGCAGAGGAAAAGACCAAAAAAAAGUAUGUGUUACAAAGUGUCAUCAUGCUUGUAGGACCCCAACAUUCUUGAAACUAACGCACCUUUAAAAAGUAAUAUUUACACUGCUGUAAAUAUUUGCAAAGUAUCAAUGUUUAAUUCAAUUAGAAUUUUAAGGAUUAUGGAUUUACUAGCGAAAAUUCCCCUAAAGCAACUUUCCCAUAUCAGUAACUUUUAUUUAGGGAAAAAAUUUUAAUGUACAUAAUACAUGUGACCUUGGAAUUCAAUAGAAUUUUCGAAACUAGAAGUAACUCAGAACGUUCACUAGAUGUGUUUUAAAGUCUUUUUUGAUACUGUCCUUAACAUUUGCUUAUUUGCAAAUUAAUAUGUAAGAAUGAAUCUAAAAGUAAGUUUUAAGAACAGUUAUUCGACAAAGACGUUAUUCCUAUUACCAAUACUGCGAAAUGAUAAUUACAGAAACAAUGUGGGAUCCGUUUUACAACUUCAAAUUUAAGUUCCUUUGUACUUUGGAGCAGAAAAUGUAAGAAAUCGAAAUCAAGAGUUACUAUUUUUUAUCUUUUAGGCUGGUUUUAACUGUUCAUACACCUAGCAAAAUAAACAUUUGUGAAAGGCGUUA